AUGCUGGACCGCACAUUUGUCUGUGUGAACUGCACGGCACAUCUUUCUCGCUCAGUUGUACGAGUAAAGGGACUUUCCUCCCGACAUAUCUCGCGACGAUUCAACAGCCAUGUUGCUUCGGAGAACCGACCAGUCCGAGUCGCCGUAAUAGGCUCAGGCCCUGCUGGCUUCUAUGCUACAGCGCGGCUGCUCAGCAAACAAGAAAAUGUCAAUGUUGAUAUGUAUGAGAAGCUUCCUGUGCCAUUCGGAUUGGCCAGAUAUGGAGUAGCCCCGGAUCAUCCCGAGGUUAAGAAUUGCGAAGAUAAAUUCACCGAGGUUGCAACGUCCCCUCGAUUCAACUUUGUCGGAAAUAUCGAGCUCGGCAACGACCUACCGCUAUCCGCCCUCAAACCCCACUACGAUGCAAUUCUUUUCGCGUACGGCGCAUCAAAGGAUAAGGAAGUUGGUAUUCCAGGAGAGCAGGCUCUACGCAGUGUAUACUCGGCUCGAGCCUUUGUAGGGUGGUACAACGGUCUGCCUGAACAUCGGGAUUUGAACCCCGACUUGUCAAACGGCGAGGACGCAGUGAUUGUCGGACAGGGAAAUGUAGCUCUUGAUGUUGCCAGAAUUCUGCUCUCGGAUGUAGACUCCCUGAGGCAUACUGAUAUAGCUACACAUGCUCUGGAAGCGCUGUCGAAAAAUAAGAUUAAAAGGGUGCGAGUGGUCGGUCGCCGAGGACCAUUACAGGCUUCCUUCACCAUCAAGGAGAUCCGCGAACUGCUCCAGUUGCCCUCCCUCGCGUUCGAGCCGAUCCGAAACGAUGUUAUGCCUCCCGACUCCGUCAUCAACGGGCUGCCACGAGCUCAGAAAAGAUUGAUGCAACUCCUCGCCAAGGGUUCUGCUAAUGACCCACAGACAGCGACCAAGUCCUGGUCUUUAGAUUUCCUUCUCUCCCCGGAAUGUCUCAACUGGUCCCCCGUUCAUCCUUACCGUCUUUCCCACACAAAAUUCUCUCGCAAUGAACUUGACCCCUCCGAUCCCUUCAACCCCAGCUCGCGAGUCACACCCAAAUUCCUCUCGAAUGGUAACCGUGCUGAGGUCAAUCUCUCUUCGAGCAUCUUCUUCCGCAGUGUUGGGUACAAGUCGCUUCCCUUGCCGGGGCUUGAAGAUCUGGGAAUUGAUUUUGACACGCAGCAUGGUGUUAUUCCCAACGAUGGGUUUGGUCGGGUGAAAAGUCCAAUUACGAAGGGUGAGACCCAAACACUCCCCGAUGGGUCACUUAUUGCGCACUUGCCUGGUCUGUACUGUGCCGGGUGGGUCAAGCGAGGCCCAACAGGUGUCAUUGCUUCCACUAUGACCGAUGCCUUCACUACAGUGGAUACCAUUCUACAGGACUUGGCAAGCCACAAUGGCUCUCUACUGAAUGCUCCCGGUCAAAGCACUGGCCUGGGCUGGGAUGGGAUCAAAGCGGUGGCACAGCAACGUGGUCUCCGGGCAACAUCCUGGGAAGACUGGCAACGUAUCGACGCGAUUGAGCGUGAGCGCGGUCAGCAGAAGGGUAGACCUCGAGAAAAGUUUACCCGUGUAGAAGAGAUGUUAGAAGCACUUGACUAA